UGGACCUGACCAUGUUAAUAUUGCGACAAUGUACAACAGUCUGGGUGUGGUUUACCAACAUAUGGAGAGUACGAAAGCAAAAGACUUUCAUGAAAGAGCGAUAGAAAUUGAAACAAACAUUUGGACCUGACCAUGUCAAUAUUGCGGCAACGUACAAUAAUUUGGGUUUGGUUUACAAAGAUAUGGGAGAGAACGAAAAAGCAAAAGAUUUUUAUGAGCGAGCGAUAGAAAUUGAAACGAAAACAUUUGGACCUGACCAUGUGAAUAUUGCGGUAAGGUACAACAAUCUGGCUUUGGUUUACAGCGAUAUGGGAGAGUACGAAAAAGCAAUAGAUUUUUACGAACGAGCGAUAGAAAUUAAAACGAAAGAAUUUGGACCUGACCAUGUUAAUGUUGCGACAACGUACAGCAAUCUGGGUUCGGUUUACAGCGAUAUGGGAGAGUACGAAAAAGCCAAAAAAAAUUUUGAACGAGUGAUAGCAAUUGAAACAAAAACAUUUGGACCUGACCAUGUUAAUAUUGCGAUAGCGUACAGCAAUCUGGUUUUCGUUUACGAUAAAAUGGGAGAGUACGAAAAAGCAAACGAUUUUUAUGAACGAGUGAUAGAAAUUGCAAGGAAAACAUUUGGACCUGACCAUGUUAAUAUUGAAAAGCCAUCACGUUGUACUUUUACUGUGAUUGGAAAAACACGAAAACCUUCAUAAUAAAGUUUAUAACAAUAAUAGAACUUGAAAGUGAAGCAUUUGACCUCUAUAUUUAUGUUUUUUUUCCAACAACUAAAAGUCUUCGUAUUUGUAAAACAUUUCACGACAUAAAGGAAGAAAAAAAAAAAUACAAAAGACAGUUGUAUUUUCAGUUUAGAGCGAUAGAAAUUGAAACAAAGUAUUUUUUUGAAACAUGUAUUGAAAUAAUAUGAACAAUCUUCAUUUGGUUAUAAACAAACUAUAGAUACUGAAA